AUAUAUUCUAUAUUUCUGUGUCAACACCAGUCCAACUGAACGCCCCCGUCAACUUAACUGCAAUGAACGGCUCUGACUUGAACCUGUGGUACUACUGGAAUUAUACCUGCAAUACUGAGUGCAUAGAGUCCGAAGUUCGCCACAGGAUCAAUGGAAAGGAGUGGAAGAAUAUCCUUCUCCGGAGAAAUUAUUACUGCAUCAACCUGCCCUCCAACAGCUACCUCUAUGAGCUGCAGGUGAGGGGCCGAAUACACGAUACAUGUGGAGAAUCUGACAUCUGGAGUGAAUGGAGCCCACCAGUAUUCUGGGGCUCCUAUGGCACAGUCACCAAUAAGCCGAGAUUCUUCUUUACCGUGCAGAAAGCAAUCCUUUAUGUUGUCGGGCCAAUCGUCUUCUUCAUAUUGGUCAUCGUCUUGGUGCGCAACGAAAGGAUCAGAGUCAUUCUGAUACCCGUUCUCCCAGACCCAGGCAAGAACCUGGCAAAAAUCCUGGCUGAAGACAAUGUAGAGGAGUGGCUACCCAUCUCCAAAGGCAUCAAGGAGGGGUUCAAGAUGAACUACAUUGAGCGCGUCUGUUCUGUAGGGGAUUACAGCCGUAAUCCACAGAGCACCAGCGAGAGCUCUGCGGACCUGAAUUCUUUUGACCACAGCUCCGGUAGCUGUGCAUCUUCAGUUGCCACCAAUUGAAUCGAAUCCUCGGCCUAGCUCCCGGUUAAUUAACCUAAAUGUAAUUAGUUAUAUGGAAAGAUUUUUGUCUAUGGAAUGAUCCUGUCACUUUACUGCCACACAUUGUGUGUGUCAGUAAAGUGAUGAGGUAGGAGAAUCCGUGUAUGGUUCGUUCUUUGAAUAUUCAGAUUUAAAACAAAAUCAGAAAAAACAAUUAACAGGAUAGUUUUUUGGUUUUUCUGAUUUGGUUUUGAAACUGAAAAAGGGCAAAAGGAAUAAACAAAUAAACAGCAUUUGAUUUUGUGUUUGUGUUUUUUGUGUGUUGGUU